AUGUUAUUAAAGAAGGCAUUGUAUGCCUUGGUACUGGCGGCUUCUAUCAUCGUUAGUGCGGAAACGGCAGGAGUUUGCGGGAAAGGAUCGAUUAGAAACCAUUGGUCGGAUUGUCGAAAAUUCGUCGAAUGCGGAAAAAAUGUCUCUGUAGUGUUUGAAUGCCCGGAGCGAAGUUUCUUCAAUCCCAAAACCUUAGUUUGUGAUUUUGCUAUGUACCAUGACUGCGACGUAGAGUCUGCACUCGAUUCAGAAUUGUACUCAUCCUGGAAUAUAAUGGAAGCUACCGAGGGUGUAUUGACGACCAGUACUAUUUGUAACGAUGAACGUUUAGGAACAAAAUUAAGGCAUCCGGAGCAGUGCAAUAUGUUCUAUCAUUGUUCUCCAUCUGGUCCAGUGUUAUUUACAUGUCCGGGAAAUACACUGUUCAACACCGAUAGUAACGUGUGCGACUGGCCUGAAAACGUUGAUUGUACUAGCGGUGGCGGUGGUGGAGGCGGAGGUGGUGGUGGUGGUGGUGAUGAUGGCGAUUGUCCGUCAAAUUGCAUUCCAGAUAAACGUUGUCCGCUUGAGUGUGAAAUUGAAGUAGGAAUCAUGUUACCCCAUCCCAGCAAAUGUGAUGCAUUCCUCCAAUGUAAUGAAGGAUGCGCAUGUUUCAUGCAAUGUCCGCCAGAUCUUUGGUGGAGUACAGCCCUCGGACGAUGUGUGGAGCGUUACCGAUCUGAUUGCGUAGAAACAGAACGUCCAGAUUGUCCCGUUUGCGUACCGGAUGAGCGCUGCCCGCUAGAUGAUGACCCGAAUAAUCCUAUCCGAUUCCCAGACGAGGAGCGAUGUGAUGUCUUUUGGGAGUGCGUCGAGGGACACAUUUGCAUGGUUGAAUGUCCGGAAGGGCUCGAGUUUGAUCCUGAGGCCAAUGAAUGCAACGAAGAUGUGGAAUGCGAGACCCAGACUCCUACACCGGAUACGACACCUGUAAGUACUGGAUAG